AUGCUCUCUCGAUGUUUUCUUGCCGCCGGAUUUGCAGCAUUGGCCUAUGCAGCGCAUCCGACCCGGCUCUACGUUGCGUCGUAUGCCGGUACCGUAUCGACUGUCGAGCUGAAUAACGCUGGCCAGCUUGAAGUCACCUCUACCGCGACAGAGUGUGCGCUGACCCCUUCAUGGCUGACCCUUGACCAACGGAAAAAGCUGCUUUAUUGUACGGAUAGAGACCUUACAUCAGGCAAUGGCACGCUCAACACUUUCAAAACAUCAUCGGACGGAAGGCUGGUACAUCUGAGCAGAGUUCCGACCAUUCCCGGCACAGUCAGUUCAGUCACAUAUGGCAAACAUGCCAAUGGCCUUGCCAUUGCGGCCUAUCAGACCUCGACUUUCCAGACAUUCGACGUCUCCAAUCCCAAAGCGCCGAAAUUUCAACAAGCUUGGACAUAUACCCUCGAAAAGCCCGGUCCUGUGCUGCCCAACCAAGAAGCACCUCAUCCCCACCAAACAGUGUUGGACCCGACCGGAAGAUAUGUCCUCGUUCCAGAUUUGGGCGCUGAUAUUGUGCGGCUCUUUGCAGUCGAUUCGAAGUCACUGCUUCUCAAGCCGCUCGACCCUCUUGUGACACUGCCUCCAGGAACUGGGCCCAGACAUGUUGCCUUCCACGUUACGAAGGACAAAAAGGCAUUGCUCUACGUCUUGGGCGAACUCGCCAACACCAUCGCCACUUAUGAAGUGACUUAUCCAAAGGGCCAAUCUCCGCAAGCGAAAGUGCUGCAGUCCAUUUCCACUUUUGGGGAAGGCAACUCGGCCCCCAGCGGAACAUCUGCAUCAGAGGUCCAAGUGACGGACGAUGGCCGAUUUGUCGUUGUCUCAUCUCGCGGCGACAAGACUUUUACCCUACCAAACUUUGAUCCCAAAAACAGCACCGAGAUCGCAUCCGACUCGAUCAUGACUUUUGGAAUUGAUUCUCACGCCGGCACACUGGACUUGUUGCAGGUCUUUCCGUCCGGAGGCCGAGUCCCACGACAUUUCGAGAUCAACAACGCUGGUACUCUGGUUGCUGUCGGGCUUCAGUCAGACGCGCGUGUCGUCCUAAUUGAUCGCGAUGCGAAGACUGGGAGUCUGAAGGGUUUCAAGGCAAACAUCACCAUUCCUGGAGAAAUUGUAGCCGCUAUUUUCGACGAGUAG